AUGGCCAAGGGAGAGAACAGCAAGAAGGCUGCCGGCAACGCCAAAAAGGCCGAGGUCGCAGCCCAAAAGCAAGCCGUCGAGAACCAAAAGAAGGCAAAGGUUGAAGAGCAAGAAUGGUCAAAGGGCGCAAAGGACAGCUCUAAGGCUGCUGCCGCCGCCGACAAGAAAGCCGAAGCUGAUCGCAAGAAGGCCGAAAAGGCUGCCCUCCUCGCCGAAGAAGAUGCCUCCCUCCCAGCCAAGAAAACCGGCAACGCAAAGACCGCCCCAAAGAAAUCUCGCGGUCUCGAUCUGUCCGGCCUCGAUGGACCCUCGUCGCUCUCUUCGCUUUCUGCAACCGGUAUCGAUAACGCCCUGGAUGCUUUGUCCCUGACCGCAGGCACCUCAGACAAGAUCGACCGUCACCCCGAACGUCGCUUCAAGGCCGCCUACACUCAAUACGAAGAACGCCGCCUGGAAGAGAUGAAGGACGAGAAGGGUCUGCGUCGCCAGCAAAAGAUUGAGCAGAUCAGAAAGGAGUUCGAGAAGCACCCUGACAAUCCUUUCAACCAGGUCAAUGCUACUUACAACAGCACGAGAGAGGAUCUUCAGACCAUUCGCGAGAGUGAGAAGUCCAAGAUCGAGAAGAGACUUGGUGGUUCUUGA